CUGUCUCAAAAAAUCCGUAUCGAUGCCUUGUUGUCCCCAUGGGCGAGUGGAAUUGGAAGAGGAAGCGGACGAGGUGCAGCUAGUGUUUGCCCGUACUGUUUACAUAGAAGCCGGACUACUGUGUUCCGCAUCGGCAUUUCCCUUACUGUUUGUCGCGUCUCUCAGGUUAAGUGUUGUUAAAGUCCUGCCGAUACCGCCGUACGUGUGGCUGCUCUUCGCCCUCGCCAUCCUGGCAGUCCUGAUCUGCCUGCCCAUCCGGAGCAUUCGGCCACUGAUCGUCUGGGCAAUGGUCGGCGGGGUUGUGGGACUCUUAACGCUAUCCGCCGCAUACUAUGUAAGCAUGUAUGACAUUCCCGACUUGGUGCUCUACUUUACCGUAAUGACACUGGUGGUGGGCGGACUGAUGUUCUCUGGAGCCAAAUGCCGGAAAUCGUUUCUUCCCAAUGGCCUCGUCACCGGAGUGAUUGUGACCAUUUUCCUGGUAGCGCUCCUUCCGCUCAGCGUUUUGUCUGUGGUAUCCACGCGAUACUAUUUUGCGAGCUUCUGUGCUGUGCUGAGCGCUCUGGUAUUAAUAGUCAUCCCCCUGGAAACACAGUUCAUGCACGGACGAUUGCAAUAUUCGCCGCUUGGACUCGAACCGAUCUGCUCCAUGCUGAUCUACCUUAACUCAUUUACCCUGUUCUUCUGCAUAUGCGUGUUUUCUAAUACGAUUGAAGGGGAGAUUCUUGGAAGUAUGCAAGUUGAUUUAGACGGCCUAUCUACAAUUCCAAUGUGAACGUGAUUAAUAAAAAUGUUUGCUAAUUGUUA